AUGGCCUCUCAGGCUGUACCGCGUGACGGUACCGGUGUCAUAGAGCUAGAUCCUUGGCUUGAGCCUUUCCGGGAGGCUCUACAACGUCGGUUCCGAUUUGUGGAAAGUUGGGUCAAGGCCAUUGACGAGACUGAGGAGGGUUUAGAAAAGUAUAGCAGAGGUUAUGAGAGAUUCGGUCUCAAUGUCGAUGCCAACGGCAAUAUCACUUACAGGGAGUGGGCUCCCAAUGCUCUGGAAGCACAGCUGGUGGGCGACUUCAAUAAUUGGGAUGUCUCAACACAUCAAAUGACAAAGAAUAGCUUUGGUGUCUGGGAAAUUACACUACCAGCAAAAGAUGGAAGCCCUCUGAUUCCCCAUAACAGCAAAAUUAAGAUCACAAUGGUCACGCCCAAUGGAGAGCGAAUCUACAGAAUUCCUGCAUGGAUCAAACGUGUGGUGCAAGAUCUCAGCGUCUCUCCCACCUAUGAUGCAGUUUUUUGGAAUCCACCAAAGGCAGAGCGGUACCAAUUCCAACACUCACGUCCCAAAAGGCCCCAGAGCCUCCGUAUCUACGAGGCACAUGUGGGAAUUUCUUCGCCAGAAACCAAAGUAGCAACAUACAAAGAAUUUACUGCCAACAUGCUGCCUCGCAUCAAAUAUUUAGGGUACAAUGCAAUCCAACUGAUGGCCAUUAUGGAGCAUGCCUACUACGCUAGCUUUGGGUAUCAAGUCAACAACUUCUUCGCUGCGAGCAGUCGCUACGGAACUCCUGAAGAUUUGAAAGAGCUCGUUGACAAGGCCCACAGUAUGGGACUGGUAGUGCUUCUUGAUGUCGUGCACAGUCACGCGUCGAAGAACGUUCUUGAUGGGCUGAACAUGUUCGAUGGAACUGAUCAUCAAUAUUUCCAUGGCGGUGGAAAGGGACAGCAUGAGCUCUGGGACAGCCGACUCUUUAACUACGGCAACCAUGAGGUUCUGCGCUUCCUCCUGAGUAACUUGCGUUUCUGGAUGGAAGAAUACGGCUUCGAUGGCUUCCGAUUUGAUGGUGUCACAAGCAUGCUUUAUGCCCAUCAUGGUAUUGGGACAGGAUUCUCUGGUGGGUACCAUGAGUACUUUGGAUCAUCAGUAGAUGACGAAGGAGUCAUGUACUUGACUCUCGCCAACGAGAUGCUCCAUCAACUCUACCCUGAGUGUAUAACAGUGGCAGAAGAUGUCUCCGGGAUGCCCGCACUCUGCCUACCGCAUGCUAUUGGAGGGAUUGGCUUCGACUACCGUCUCGGCAUGGCAAUCCCAGACAUGUACAUCAAACUUCUAAAGGAGCAGUCAGACAACGAAUGGAACAUGGGAAACCUCGCAUUCACCUUGACAAAUAGACGCCACGGCGAGAAGACAAUCGCUUACGCGGAAAGCCACGAUCAGGCCCUGGUAGGUGACAAAUCUAUCAUGAUGUGGCUAUGUGACAAGGAAAUGUACACACAUAUGUCCGUCCUCACCGAAUUCACUCCCAUCAUCGAACGAGGAAUGGCCCUACACAAAAUGAUCCGACUCGUCACCCAUGCCCUCGGAGGCGAAGGAUACCUCAACUUCGAAGGCAACGAGUUCGGGCAUCCGGAAUGGCUCGAUUUCCCCCGUGCAGGGAACAACAAUUCCUUCUGGUAUGCCCGUCGACAGCUGAACCUAACCGAGGACCAUCUCCUCCGAUAUAGAUUCCUUAAUGAAUUCGACCGUUCCAUGCAACUAUCCGAGGCAAAAUACGGCUGGUUGCAUUCCCCACAAGCAUACAUCAGUCUGAAGCACGAGGGCGACAAGGUCCUGGUCUUCGAACGCGCAGGGCUCCUUUGGGUCUUCAAUUUUCAUCCUACUCAGAGCUUUACCGACUACCGAGUCGGUGUCGAAGCUGCAGGUACCUAUCGGAUUGUCCUAGACACUGAUGAUACCGAAUUCGGCGGUCUAGGACGUAACCACAAAGACACUCGCUUCUUCACCACAGAUAUGCCCUGGAACGAACGGAGCAACUUUCUCCAGGUUUAUAUCCCAACAAGAUCAGCUUUGGUCCUAGCAUUAGAAGAAACCCUCUAG